AUGGCCACAUUUACAACUCCACCGGAGUUUCCAUCAAAGCGCAUUCCAGAAGUCGAGGUUGAUCCAGCCACCCCAUCGGAGAUACCCGAUAUCAAGACGUAUCCGGAUGAGUUUAUUGUCACUCCUGAACCGGAGAUCAAACCGCCUGUGUCUGUACCACUACCUGAUCCCAUACCGGAUCCACCAGGACCAGGACCAGACCUUCCCGACCCUCCGAUUCCAUCACCUCCUCAACCUGAUAUAAUUCCACCACCUGAAGUUCCGCCACGGCAGCCACCUGAUGUUUACCCACCGGAUGCACCGGAAAUAUUUCCACCACCUUCGACACCCUUACCAGAUAUAAUUCCACCUACGGGUCCAAUGUUGUUGAUCGUUAUGUUUGACAUGCAUAAUCCUGGUCGUCAUUUUCUUGUUGGUUCGAUGUCUCCGCUACCUCUUCUGAUGAUGCAGAUGCUUCUGAUGAUGCAGAUGUAG